UAAUAAGUUGUUCCGAUUGAUUAACAAGAAUAAAACAUUAACAUAAAUUUACGUCUUAAUAUUUUUAUUUUAAUUGAAAACAAAUUUUCUAUGUAUAAGUAAAGAAAGAUCGGAUGUUUUCGAAAUGAAGUACUUUUAUUUUUUAGUUUAUAUUUCAAUUUCAUUGGGGUACAAAUUACCUGAUGGUAUCAAACUUUGUCACAGAUCCCAAAAGGAUUUUGCAGAAUGUGUUGGAAAAAAUAUGAGAGGCGGUUUAGGAGCAUUUGCACCCGGAUACAAAGAAAUGGGAAUUCCUACACUGAAUCCAUAUUUCAUUGAAAAAUUGGAGAUCAAACCACCAUCACCUGAUUCAUCGGUGGCUAUACACCUUACAUUUACUAAUUUGCACGUAUCUGGCAUGACUGUAACUGAUAUAGAUCACAUGGAGAUAGACUUUGACAAGGGCUGUAGUUGGGUAAUGGAUGCUGUUUCUCCUUUUAUAAUACUAGAUGGAGAAUAUACAAUGGACGGAAAACUUUUAUUAUUUGCUUUAAAUGCACAUGGAAAAGCCAAUGUAACGCAAGUCAAUCUUCGAAACAGACAUAGCAUGUGGUGCGAAAAGUAUCAGAAGAAGGGAAAAACACAUAUUCGCUUUAUCAACUACACAAUGGAUAUGCGCCCUGAUAAUGUACUAUUUGAAUUUACUAACCUAUUUCCUUCGAACAAAGAUAUAGAAAAUGAAAUUGGAAAAACACUCAAUGAAAACAGUUUAGCGAUUUUCAAUGAAAUCAAAGCACCGGUUGAACAAAUAUUUUCAACUAUUCAUACUCAAAUUGCCAAUCAAGUGUUGUCGAAAAUUCCUUUCGAUGAUAUCUUUUUACCUUGAAUUGUAAUUAGUACAUCAAGGUAUAAAGGUUCGGUAUAUACGUGUUAAAGGCAGUGUCUUUAUUAAGUUUAUUAAAUUAUGUAUGUGUCUAUGCAAUAAACAUGUUUGUUUUGUCGUAC